UCCAUUUAUUAACAGUACAAUUUAGACAGCGGUCAGUUGAACACGUGAAGGACAUACUUAAGCAUUUCAAUUAAACAUCAAGUGUUUUGUAUUUUAUUACACUCUAAGUGUAUCAGUGAAUAUUUUCUACUGAGGGAGCUCUUUUGGUGUAUAUAUACGAACUACGAAAUAAUUGUUUCUGAUUUCACGACAAUGGCGAUGAAAGCGAAAAUACUAGAAUUGAAAACUGCACUCGAACGAGCCAUGCACGUGAGAGAAGGCCUCAAAGUCGCAGAACACACGUUAUCUAAGAUGUGUUUAUCACCACAAGAGAGACAAUGCGCGAUUACCAUACAGAACGAAAAGAUCCUUGCAACGAUAACAAAAGUGGAAAGCAUACAAACAAAACUAAAUGAACUAGAAGCACAGAUGAAGGCAGACUUGAAUAAUAUUAAAAGGCCAGAAUUCACAUCACCCAAAUUUCGUCAUCCGAUAAAUUUUCUCGAAGAUCUCACCGAUUACUUGAACGGGAUACCUGCAGAAUAUCGCACAGUCGAAACCAUCAUUGAUUGUUUUCAAGGAGAUGCUUACAGCUGGGCGAUGAUAUUCAAAGAACGCUGGUCGACUAUUGAAGAUUUUAAGAAAGACUUCCUUGAACAAUACUGGGGCCACGCCGAACAGAGUUUGCUGAGAAGAGAAAUUGUUUGUGGUGUUUGGGAUAUUAAGCAAGAGACUAUGGCGGAACACUUUUCUCGCCUGGAAGCUCAAGCGAAGUUGCUUACAAGGAAAAUCGCCGACGAAGAUCUGAUUGUUGACAUAAUGAGUCAUUUUUCAGAUGUAGUUCGAGGCAAGUGGUAUUCAAGUAGACAACGCGGUAUCCCAGCAGCAGCUGCUUUCUUACAGCGAAUGGAUACUGAACUGGAGGACAGGUGGAAGAGGACUGAACCGAAACUUAGGACUGGCGACAACGUAAUGGAUCUUAAUGAUUCUGAUGAUGACUACGACGAUAUGCAUGAUGAACCUCUGAUGACAUUCAACGGAAGUCAAGCUACCUCAACGGAACAACGUGAAAAGUUGGCUAAAGAAGUAAUCAAUAUGGCGACAAAAUGUUCAGAAAAAGCUAAAGAAAAGCCUGAAAUAUUGACUCUACUUGAUGAAAGACCAGCCUGGGAUAUGGUGUGGACGAAGAUAGAAGAAAUAUCGAAAUUCAUUCAAAAUGCUGAAGCCCAAAAAAGACGUAAUAACUUAAUAAUUAAGUUACAAUAA